AUGUCUGCCAGUGAACGCGAUGUACCCAGCUGUCUCCCUGCAUGCUCUCAGCCCCUCCCUCCACACUCCCAAGAAGCCCCCCUGCCGAGUUCAUCAUACCCCGGGUACUCUCAACUAGCUCCAGCCGGCUCGAGGAAAAUCUACGUCUUUGCAGACGACAUACCUUCCAGCGGCUUGAUCAGCCAGGAAGACUUCAAAAAGUUCUUCUCAGGCGAAAACAAGGACGUGUGUCUGGUGCAGAAAGAAAAAGACCCACUCUGUCAGAAUCCGGAGUUCAAGAUCGACGACGAUGAGCGGUUCGGCAGAGUCGAAUCCGAGUCUCCUCCCAGGGAUCUCAAUCCCCAAGGCGUCGGCGGCAGUCGUUCAUCCCAGGAUCGCUCGCCUUCGCCAGUCCCGGCCCGACAGAGAUCACCACCCGUCUCGCCCCAAGCAUCACCUCCCCCAGCACCACGCCUUUACUCACGGCCUUCUCCUUCUGCCGCAUCAUCACUCCCGCUUAGCUCACAGUCGACUGGGCUCGAGCGUCCCUUUCCCCGACGCACUUCUCCCAAACCUUCCAGCUCGAUCCCCUCAAAAUUUGCUGAUGCCUGUCCUUCCUCAACUGCCGACACCGCCUCCAAAGCCCCUUCGCCAGAAGUCUUGAAACGGACCAAAUCUUCUCGAAAUGCUACCCGGGCCGUUUCCGCGAGUCACGUUUCCUCUUCUUCCGCGGUCCCAGCCAAGCGCUCGAUCUCGGCCGCUUUUGCGCCCCCAGCGAAACGGGCAGUCUCUGCGAGCACUGCUGGUCCAUCCAAACAGUCAGUCUCCACGAGUAUUGCUGGCCCAUCCACACGGCGAGUCUCUGCGGUUGCCACGCGUCCAGCCAAGCGGUCGGCCUCGACGACAUCCGGGCCUCCAACAAAACGAUCCAAGCCUGUUGGCGCUGCUCCAGACGGACCUCGGAUGACGCGCUCGGUUUCACGUCAAGAACUACGCCCAGCCCGGAGCCAGAACAAAGCCAAGGCGGAAGAACCGUUGCCUCCGCCGGCCAAGCGGAAGAGGUCGAGGAUCGAAGCCCCUCUGCCUUCCCUCCCCAAGCGCAAGACGGCCAAGCUGCGAGGCAAGCGCACUCUCUCCGGAACAUCGGCAAAGGAGACUGCUGGCCCACAGAACACCGACGAGAAUAGGCCGAUCAGUCAGCCGGUCACUCGGGCCACCAAACCUUGCCUUCCUCCGCUCUCCGCGAGUCAAGGAACCGACAUCCCCGUCCGGAGGGUCUCGGCCAGACUUCAAUCCAAGAGAGCCCGAAGCAACUCUCAAAAUACUAUCUGA